AUGAAGAAGCAUUCGACAAACUUUUAUCAAGAGCUAAUCAACUACCACGAAAAUUUGGGAAAGCAAAAAUAUGCUGCGAUCAACUCAAGCAACCUAAGAUCGGUUGAGAAACGCCUGGAGCAGAUGGCUUUCCUUGAAGAGCAGUUGAAGUCGCAGUGCGAGAAUUUACAACAAUCAGAAACCGAUCUUGGAAAUGAGAUAGCCGAACACCGAGUCCGAAAUGAAGAGCAAACUCAGCAGUAUUUGGAUACCUCAAUUGACUACGUAAAGCUUGAUAAGGAGUAUUCACUAGCUUUGAAAAGUGUCGCAGACAACUCGAUCGAGAGGUUGAAUACAAAACUCUCUGCAAAAGAUGCGGAUCUGAUUAUGUCGAUCUUAUCAGACCGGCCUGACCAAAUGAAAGGAUCUGGAGAUGGCGAAACCUAUGGAAUG